CCCCAACCCUGACCCUAGCUAGCUAUUCUGGUCCCUAUAAGUCUUGCCCCCACCACACCUUAAGCCUCACUGAUUCCUAUAUAUUCAUUAGAAUGCUGCAACACUGUUCGAGGCCAUGAAAGAAAAAGCUUCGUUUUGGAAGCAAGCCAAGAAUUGAUCCAAGCCAGAGAAACCAUACUCUAUUAGAGAAGUGGGUCUGCAAAUCUCACUGUUGUUUGUUUCUGAAGAAAAGGCUGUGUGAAAAUAUGGGCGGGGAUCAGAAAAGUGUAGCUACGGCUAGGCAGAAUAAGAAGAUGAAGAAUGGGUCUUUUGGAUCCAUUUUCAUGCAUGCCGAUGCCAAAGAUUGGUUUCUUAUGGUUUUAGGUACCCUUGGAGCAGUUGGUGAAGGCUUGUCCACCCCUUUUGUGUUGUAUAUCAGUAGCGGCAUGAUGAAUAAUAUUGGAAACUCGUCUAACAUGGAACCAAACACUUUCGUCCAUAACAUCAACAAGAAUGCGGUGGCUUGGUUGUUUUUGGCUGGUGCGUCUUUUGUUGUUUGCUUCCUCGAGGGCUAUUGUUGGACAAGAACAAGUGCAAGACAAGCUGCGAGAAUGAGAUGCAAGUAUCUGAAAGCAGUACUUAGACAAGAAGUUGCGUAUUUUGAUUUGCAUGUCACAAGCACGUCAGAGAUCAUCACUAGCGUCUCCAACGACAGCCUCGUGAUUCAAGAUGUUCUUAGUGAAAAGGUUCCAAAUUUCUUGAUGAACAUAUCUUUGUUCGUUGGGAGCUACAUAGCGGCGUUUGCAAUGUUGUGGAGACUGGCCAUUGUGGGGUUUCCCUUUGUAGCGCUUCUCGUGAUCCCUGGGAUAAUCUAUGGGAAAACUUUGAUGGGAUUGUCGAGUAAAAUCAGAGAAGAGUAUAAUCAAGCUGGAACAGUAGCAGAACGAACAAUUUCAUCUAUCAGAACCGUCUAUUCCUUCGUGGGGGAAGGAAAGACCAUAAACGCUUUCUCCGAUGCUCUUCAAGGGACGGUUAAGUUGGGCCUGAAACAAGGCUUAGCUAAAGGAUUAGCCAUUGGAAGCAACGGCGUUGUUUUCGCUAUUUGGUCUUUCAUGAGCUAUUAUGGAAGCAGACUCGUUAUGUAUCACGGCGUCAAAGGAGGAACAGUUUUCGCGGUUGGAGCAUCAAUAGCAGUUGGUGGAUUAGGACUAGGUGCUGGUUUAUCGAACGUGAGGUACUUCUCGGAAGCAAGUGCGGCAGCGGAACAUAUAAAGGAAGUGAUAGAAAGGGUUCCCAAGAUUGAUUCUGACGAUAUGGGUGGGGAGAUUUUGGAGAAGGUUUAUGGGGAAGUGGAGUUUGACCAUAUAGAAUUCGCGUACCCGUCAAGGCCAGAUAGCAUUAUAUUGAAUGACUUGUGCCUCAAGAUUCCCGCUGGCAAGAGUGUGGCCUUAGUGGGUGGGAGUGGCUCAGGUAAAUCAACAGUGAUAUCACUGUUGCAGAGAUUUUAUGACCCACUUGGGGGAGAGAUUCGUCUCGAUGGGGUGGCCAUUCAUAAGUUGCAGCUCAAGUGGCUCAGGUCUCAGAUGGGCUUGGUCAGCCAAGAACCUGCUCUGUUCGCUACCAGUAUUAAAGAGAACAUACUUUUUGGCAAAGAGGAUGCCACGGAUGAUCAACUCGUUCAGGCUGCAAAAGCUUCCCAUGCUCAUAAUUUCAUUUCUCUUCUGCCUCACGGUUACCAUACACAGGUGGGAGAGAGGGGGAUUCAGAUGUCAGGGGGACAGAAACAGAGGAUAGCAAUUGCAAGGGCAAUAAUUAAGAAACCUCGGAUUCUACUCUUGGACGAAGCAACAAGCGCGUUAGACUCCGAGUCAGAACGACUCGUUCAAGAAGCACUGGACAAUGUAGCUGCGGAUUGCACUGCCAUCAUCAUUGCUCACCGUUUAUCCACCGUCCGAAACGCAGACGUCAUUGCCGUCGUUGGAGGCGGAAAGAUCGUAGAGAUGGGCUCGCACGACGAACUAAUCCAAAACGACGAUGGCGUCUACGCCUCCGCGUUCCGUCUCCAGCAACAAACAGAGCAAUCUAAAAUAGAGGAAUGUGCGGAAACGGUUAUUCCUGGAAUUGUCCCUUCUGCGACGUCAAUAACCGACACGGAAAACAUGGGCCCUUUGAGCCCAACGCUUUCGUCACAUAAUGACAAUGACCUGGCAGAAGGGAAGAAACAACCGGCGCCGUCGUUUAGGAGAUUGCUGGCGCUGAGUGUUCCCGAGUGGAAGCAUGUCGUUUUGGGUUGUUUGAACGCGAUGAUGUUCGGGGCCGUUCAGCCUGCUUACGCAUUCACGAUGGGUUCUGUCAUACUUUCGUAUUUUCACCCGGAUCAUGAGGAGAUAAAGAGGAAGAGUAGAAUGUACUCGUUCUGCUUUUUGGGCCUCUUUGUAUUGUCUUUGCUUGCUAAUAUUGGGCAGCAUUAUUGCUUCGGUUACAUGGGGGAGUACUUGACCAAACGGGUGAGAGAGAAAGUGCUUUCCAAAAUCCUUACGUUUGAAGUUGGGUGGUUUGAUUUGGACGAAAACUCCAGUGGCGCCAUUUGUUCCAGACUUGCCAAGGAUGCUAAUGUGGUGAGAUCUUUAGUGGGGGAUAGAAUGGCUUUGCUAGUACAAACAUUUUCAGCGGUAGUAACAGCCUACACGAUGGGUAUUGUCUUUUCGUGGCGGCUUUCCAUUGUUAUGAUAGCCGUACAACCCAUUAUCAUAACAUGCCUUUACACAAGGCGUGUCCUUCUCAAGAGCAUGUCCAACAAGGCCGUUAAGGCCCAACAACAAAGCAGCAAGCUAGCUGCUGAAGCUGUUUCCAACCUCCGAACCGUCACUGCCUUCUCUUCUCAAGACCGAAUCCUAAAACUACUCGAUAAGGCCCAGGAAGGACCAAGCCGUGAGAGCAUUCGACAAUCUUGGUUCGCUGGUGUUGGGCUUGGAUGUUCCCAAUGCGUCGCAUCUUGUAUUUGGGCCCUAAACUUUUGGUAUGGGGGCAAGCUUAUCUCUUAUGGAUACAUAACAAUAAAAACAUACUUUGAGAGCUUCAUGGUUUUGGUGAGCACGGGACGGAUCAUUGCAGAUGCAGGAAGCAUGACCAGUGACCUCGCCAAAGGUGCUGAUGUUGUGGGCUCAAUUUUUUCUAUCUUAGAUAGGCGUACGAAAAUUGAGCCUGAUGACCCAAAUGGGUACAAGCCAGAAAAGUUAAUUGGCCGAAUUGAACUUCAUGGUGUGUAUUUUGCGUACCCAACUAGGCCUAACGUGGUUAUAUUCCAAGAUUUCUCAAUCAAAAUCGAAGAAGGGAAAUCAACGGCGUUGGUGGGGCAAAGUGGGUCUGGCAAAUCAACAAUCAUUGGGUUAAUAGAGAGGUUUUAUGAUCCGGUGAAAGGAAUGGUGACAAUAGAUGGUGUAGACAUAAAAUCAUAUAACCUAAAGUCACUAAGAAAGCAGAUAGCACUUGUGAGCCAAGAGCCAGCAUUGUUUGGUGGGACCAUAAGGGAGAACAUUGCAUAUGGAACAUGGGACAAGGUUGAUGAGGCUGAGAUCAUAGAGGCAGCAAGAGCAGCCAACGCUCAUGAUUUCAUAUCUAGCUUAAAGGACGGGUACGAGACAUGGUGUGGUGAAAAAGGAGUACAACUUUCGGGGGGUCAAAAGCAGAGGAUUGCAAUAGCCAGGGCAAUAUUAAAAAAUCCGAAAGUGUUGCUUUUGGACGAGGCCACAAGCGCAUUAGACAGUCAAUCAGAGAAGGUUGUGCAAGAUACGCUUAUGAGAGUGAUGAUAGGAAGGACCAGCGUGGUGGUGGCUCAUAGGUUGAGCACCAUACACAAUUGUGAUGUUAUUGCUGUGUUAGAAAAGGGGAGGGUGGUGGAGAUUGGAACCCACUCGUCUUUGUUGGCCAAAGGACCAUGUGGAGCUUAUUACUCUUUGGUAAGUGUUCAAACGAGACAUGCAGCCACAGCCAAUACCUCUACUAUUAGAGGUUCCAAAUCUAUCAAUUAAGCAAGCCAAAUUACCAAGUUGUCUUUGUCUGCUUGGGAUUGCUAGCAACUAGACCUCCUUUCUGAGGUUGAUGGGUGAUAGCUAGUGAUAAAGAUUAUAUGCGCUGGUCAUAGAUGAAGGCAACCGAAGGAAGUGGAAGAUAGCUAGUAUGUUACCUUUCUUAUUUUUGUAUUAUGUCAUAUCCCGAACGACUUCCAUGUUUAAAUAAUAUAAUGUAUAUAUCUAUGAUAUGAAGUAGAAUA